GGGGGAACACACUAACCAAUAUGGUGAGGCUAUCAAAAGACCCCAACAGCAGCUGUUCUCGGAGAGAGGCCUCAGUAGACAUACUGUUAUGAUCUGAUAAUCACUAGUUCGUAGUAUCAGUGAUCAUUCGUCCUCUUUCUCCACUGAUGAAAGUGGGGAAAGUUGAGAGAUAACAGAAACCGUGGAGACCGAUCGUCAGCCUCUUAUUUUGGAUAGAAUCAACACACCUGCUGUUGACACUUCGCCCACAAUCGAUAUUAUUCUAUUCAGUUAAAAUGCCAACAUCGGACGAAGAAUUCACCUGGACUGCCAAAGGCGGUUUUCAUGAAGGAAUAACCACUGAGGCUGUUGUCCCAUCUACCCCACCGUCAGGCCUCUCUUUCAGAUAUGAUGUGAUUGUUAUCGGUGCGGUAUUUGCCGAUCUCACUGCCGCCCGCGACCUUGCUUUUAGAGGCAAAAAGGUGCUCCUCGUUGAAGCUCGAGAUCGUAUUGGAGGUCGUUGUUGGACUGCAGAGGUAGGAGACGCUACCAAGAUGGAGCUUGGUGGCACAAGGGUGCACUGGCAACAACCACAUGUAUUCAGCGAGCUGCAACGAUAUGACCUCGCUCAUUUUCAGGAAACCGUGGCAUUUCUUGAGAACGGUGAGUUCAUGGUCAAGGAAUCGCGGUCUCACCCUGCUAGAGUGCAGGAUUCUGCGGAAGGACAAUUCAUUAUGGAGCGACUAGAAGGACUGAUGGAGAAGUUCUUUAAUGUUGAUGGGCAAGGCGGGCGCAGUAGUCCGGACUACCUCGAACUGGAUAAACUCAGCCUAGCGGAUCGUAUUUCGCAGCUCGAUGGUUGCGGCCAGGAGGAAAUGUCAAUGCUUAGCGCGCAUCCCGCUUCUUUCUAUGGCGUCUCGCCGGAAAAGGUUUCCUUUGCCGAAGUGCUUCAUACCCAUGCAUUAUGCAACUUUGAUCCUGCCAUGAUGGAGAUAGCCACCAUGAGAUACAAGAUUGCACGAGGCACCACGGCCUUCGCGCGCGCAAACCUUGAUGACGACAAGGGAGCCCAGAUCUUUGGUUCUCCUGUGACAUCAAGCACUCAGACAGGUGGAAAAUUCCCCGAUUAUCCUGUUACUGUCACCCUGGAAGAUGGAAAUCAGUUUGUGUCCAGAUUCGUCAUCUCGACAAUCCCCAUCAACGUGAUCUCAUCCAUCACCUUCGAAGACGCCUAUCGAGUCACUAGAGACAUAUUGCGACAGAACUAAAAUAUGGGGGUUAGUAUGUACUUUAGAAUUGUAUUUGUAGCAUUGAACCUCGUCUUGAAGCCUCUGGGGCAUGCUCUCUAGUCUAUGGGUUCUCAAUGAUAGAUUCAUUUCCUCCAAGCGAGACCCACCA